AGAUCAGUAAUGGCUAGCGCUUGCAGUACAGCUCCUGUAUCAAACGAAGAACGAAGAUGGGUUGUCAUUGGUGUAUGUUUGACCAAAGUGCUCACUCCUGCAUUAAGAAAUGUUCUUGCAACCGAAAUACCAAAGUGGCAUCAAGUCUUAUGUCAUCCACCGACCGAAAUCGACAAACAAGUUUUUGGUAGACACCAGAAAAAGUUACACCCAUCAACGUUAGACCUCAACUAUAAAAGUAUCAACAACAAUGAUGCCCUUAGAUCACCUCGUGCAUUUGAUUAUGCAGUUAAAGAUCCAUUGUCUUUGGCAAAGUUGUUUGUUAAACUAUCCAUGUCCAAGUUCACUGGCUUUGACGUAACAAUGGAUACAUCUGCAGUCUUAUCAGUGAUUUGUGAAGCUGCCCCAUUUGUAGGAGCUGCUGCUCAUGCAAAGACAGUUGGAUCAGAUAUCAGAAACGAGUGGGCACAUUGCAACUUUGCAGAAUGGACGGAACCAAAAUGUUUUGAUGCUUUUCAAAAUAUGAAAACUUUACUGAAGAAUAUGAAUCUCUCAUCUAAUGAUGAACAGAAAUUGUGUGAUGAACUCGAUAGCUGGAAAAUUAAAGGUAAUGACUAAUGAAAUUUGAUGUCCAUGGACAUGAGAGGAUUCUAGAUUUUGAGUAUUUCAGAGUAUCCAAUGAGAUACUAUAUAGCAUCUAUCUCGGGUAUCCAACCUUGGAUUCAGCAACCCAGAUUUGCUUUUGUAAAGUUUACAGUAACAGUAAAAUAUAUUAUCCAUUGUGAAUCAAUUUUCCGCUCAGCCUGUCUCGUUCCCAGGCAGUAUACAAAAUGUUCACGUGAAGUAUUCUCAUGGCAUUUACAGUCACAAUUUCUUUGCAUAUACCCAUUGCUCUCUGCGCGCCUGUAAACACCUCCGGAAUACUUUAUAUAUUUGUUAUAUAGCACCUGGGGACGAAGCAGUAGCCCGCGUGCAGGCCCACCGAGGGAAGAAUAGUGGGCCUGCAAGGAAGACCGGGUGUUUUGUAAAACGCCCUUUUUCAUAACACGUCCCAUUCGCGCGUCAAUUGUCAAAAAAGAACCAAUGACAGCAACCCAAAUAGUAAACAAACUCGCAUUCAAAUAUUGGGGUUUUUUUUCUGCGUAUUCAGAAUAGAAACAAUGUAUAAAUGGCUUUGUUUAACUCCGAAAAAGCGAAGCUACUUUAAGUCGUGAGGGACGUCGUGCGACACAUUAGCAUUAAUGUGUGCUUCUAUCGCCUUUGUUAUAAAUAAAUUGUCUCACUUAUCAGAUCAUGUGUGCAAUUCGUACGAAAUUUAGUUCAGUUAUUUAGGUUGGUAAAGAACUUAACAAAAGAAAAGAGCGUUCAGAGUCCAGAUCGUUUCAAACCGCAAUUACCGUCUUCUGUUUCGCUCUCUCAGAGAAGCCCAGCAAAUCGCGAAGUGUGUCGAAUAGCCUUACAUGCAACUGCCUCUAAAUCUUCACCACUAAAAGCGCUGUUUUCUUCAGUGCAAGAACAAAGUCAACAUCAGUCCAAAGAUAAUUUUCUUGAGGAUUAUAAACGUUACGGUAUCAAAUCUGUUUGAAAUUAAUGAAACUCAAGUAAAGGUUACUAUAGUUUACCCCAGUGGUAAUGUUGUUAUUCCAGCACUUCACGACAAGCAAUCCCCGUUGGCAUAACGGCAAAAAAACAUCUCUUCCUUCAAGUAAACAAUAAAGAGUCUGUUCUUGUUCCAAUUUUAAUCGAAAAAAGUGGUUAGAUCCAAUUUUGGGCUUAUCGAGAGCCUUUGUGAUGAAUCACCGGUCUAAUUAUAUAAUCCAACAGCAAACAGCCAAUCACAAAUACAAAACACCCGGUCUUCCUUGGACCCACUAUUUUACCCGCCUUGGCCUGCAUGCGGGCUAACGAGGCAGUUUCUCAGCAUUCUACUGGCGUUCGGAUGGAAACACGUCAGACAUCUUGAUUAUUAUUCACUAUCACAAUUCGGGAUACCGAGAUUGAAUUUUGGUCCAAGUUAAAAUCUCAUAUCAAUUAGGUGUUGUUAUUGGAAUACUGCAAAUCCAACCUCAGCAAUAAAUAGCUUGGGAAUUUUUCAUAUGAUAUUUUUUCAAUACCGAAUUAAUCUAUAUAUGUAACUUAACUUUGAUGAUGACUUUGAAAUAAAGUAUAGAUAUAUUGAAUUUCAACAUGAUCUUUUUCUUAAGUAGAUGAUGCUUUUUAAGUCUAAUUUCUUUCCUCUCAGACUAUCUUCUUUUUCUUCAGUUGACUAGUUAAUAUGUAUCUCGAGUUAAAGACUAGUUUUUAAUGUUUUUAAGUUAAUUAUUCGACUCUUAUUCUAAUAUUAUUUACCGCGCAGAUUAAUUGAACAAUUCUGUAAAAACGUCGGCAUUGAUUGAGUAGAACCAAAACCGUGUCUGCAUUUGAGUAUUUGACCAUACUUAUCUGUGUUCACUCCUCGAGGUAUAUUAAGAAGAGUUAAGGUCACUAAAACAUGUACCGUAAAAGGAAACUAUGGCAAGAAUUCAAGCUAAACAUCAUCAUUGUUUACUUGUAAAAAUGAUUUUCUCAACAUAACUAUAUUAAGAUUGAAACUUUAUUUCAGGAUUGCAGCUGUGUUUUGGUCAACCUGUCGACAAUGAAAUCUUGACUUUAUUCAGAAGUGAAGUGGAUGAACUUCACAAAGCUGUCCAAACAUGGAGUUUAGAGAAAGCACAGGUUCGAAAAUUAUUUUAUUUGGUUGUAGGUUCAUGCUAAGUCAUAUAUUUAAUACUUUUCGGUAAUUACAUGUAACUCGUACAUAAUGUAUAUGCAAGAUUUGUCUUUAGUAUUUGCUUCUAUGUGAUGAAGGAAAACACCAUGCUUAAUUAAUACUCGGCAAAGCAACCAUCCUUAGCAUGGGUUGUGAUAAUGCUAGGUUUAGGAUCGAAAAUUUGAUGAGUAAAUAACUUCGCACUUGACUAUGUAAGCUGCGGCAAGUGGUUAUGGCUCUGUUUUGCAGACCAACGUAUAUAAGCUUUUCAUUUGUACAGUACUUGUACCUUAAUAGUUUUGUUUGUGGAAACAGCACGUAAAUUUAUUACUGCAAAGUUUUCGAUCCGUAAGCCCGGAUCUUCAUCAGUGCUAAUAAUAUGUUUCCACAAACAAUGCAUUGUGUUUCCCCAAACAAAUUUAUUAUUCGCAAACUUAAAAGAACUUACCUGCGCUUUAGUUGGACCAUUGUGAUCAGUUGUGCGAAUGUAUCUUCUACAAAUGUAUUCAACUCAGCAACAAUUGAUUGAGGUAAACUAUUUAUCGUUUCACAGAUGACUUCACUACUUUCGAAAAUCAGUGACAUGCAGUCAAACAUGAAUAAAGAAAUACACGAUCUGCGCAUGAGUGUACAAAUCAAUUCUUUGAAAAUAGAAAAAUGCGAAGUUCAGGAAAAUAACAAUUCUAAAGAAAUGAAGCUCCUUGAGAAGAAAUGUGCGACUGAACUUUCAAGAUAUUAUAUUAAGGAAGAGGAGAAAAUUCCCUAUGUUUUCACAGCACCCCCAAGAAAUUGCUACUUCGCUGGUCGAGCAAAAGAAAUCCAGGAGCUUAAACGAAUUUUGGAAGUCAAGAAAACGUUGAACGAAGAGAAAGUUCGCGUUGCAACAGUAUGUGGUUUGGGUGGAAUUGGUAAAACAAGCUUAGUUUCCGAGUAUGCUCAUCAGAUGAAGGAUUUCUACAAAGGAGGUGUUUAUUGGUUCUCGGCUGAAGAUGAUGCGCAUCUUAGCAAAACAGUAAACGCCGUCGCAAUAAAGAUUGGUGCAUUACUCAAUUCAUUUGAUUUAACUUUGCCAAAUAUCCUGAAAAAAAUUAGCACUGUACAUGACCCAUGUCUAAUAAUCCUCGACUGCUUGGAUCAACUGGAUCUUUCGUCUAAUAUGCUGGAAUUCCUUUCCUUUCCCUCAAAAGAGAAUUUCUUUGGGCAUUUUAUCGUUCUCACAAGACGAAACCCGACACGACUUGUUAAUGACGUUUCAGUUUUUCAGGAGGUUCAGAAGUUUUGUCUUCAACUCGAUUGUUUCCAGUCUGAAGAAGCGAAGCAAUUUCUUUUUUCAAGAACUAAGGUAACACGUGAUGAAAAUGAAAAUGUUGAAAGUGUCGCAGAAUGUCUUUGUGAAAAGCUGGGGAGAUUGCCACUUGCUUUGGAACAAGCAGGAGCAUAUAUUCAAAUGCUGCGUUGCAGUUUGUCUUCAUAUCUUCAACAAUAUGAGGCUGAACGCUUGCGACUGUUAAGUCUGCAACCGGCACGUCCUAUCUCACCUGGUAACGAGACACCUGAACGUCUCGCCGUUCACACGACAUGGCGUAUCAAUAUAGAGUAUAUUGAGAAGAGCACGAAUGGUCAGGCUGCUGUUCGAUUUAUGAAUGCUUGUUCAUUUUUCGAUGAAAAUGAGAUCCAAAAAGAAUUGGUCAACGUUGGAACUCCCGAAGUGGAAGACGUCGCGUAUCGUAAAUGUGUGUCGUCGCCAUUAGGUUCCCGUCAGGUUCUAAAAUUACUGACUGACUUUUCACUUUUUACCUAUGUUGAAACGGGCUCUGUCAGCACCCAUCGUUUGGUUCAGGAACUAGUAUGGGAAAAUCUUGAUCCUAAAUCGAAAGCAGAGAGUUUCAUUGAUGCUGUGCGGAUGCUUUCUUUUGCAUUCUCUAAAUGUCCUUCACCCAGUAAUCAUGCUAGUUUAGAUGAAAGGAAUGGUGAAGAACAAGACAUAUCGUUCUCUGAUCCACCUGAUAGUCCUUCUCACUUUUAUAUGUGGUCUAAAUUUUGUAUGCAUGGCCAUCAUCUUUGUAGAAAUGUCGAGGAUUUGUUGGUCAGUCCCGACUCUGUUUGUCUAGACUCGGCGUGGUUUCCUGAAACAGCUAAAAUUCUUUACGAAUGUGCUGUUCAUUUGAGUGCAAAUCACCAACAGGAAGAAGCAAAGCGGACUUUGAACUUUGCUUAUCGUAUAUUAGACUGGCUGCCUUUAGCAGGGUAUGAAACGGUUGAAAAGAAUGUUUCUGAUGAUUUCCUCUUUCCACUUCCAAUCCCUUUACCGGGACUAUUUCAGAUGAUGAUUCAACGAUUUUGCAUACCAACUUUUAUUUUACUUGAACCUCUGACUGAGAAACUUGCUCCUGAUCCCAGUGACCUUGCUACCGACCCUAAUGACGUUGCUCCUGAUGCUAGUGACCUUGUUCCUGAGGUUAGUGAGCUUGCUCCUAAGGCUAGUGACCAUGCUCCUGAUGCUAGUGACCUUGUUCCUGAUGCUAGUGACCUUGUUUCUGAUGCCAGUGACCUUGUUGCUGAUGCUAGUGACCUUGCUCCGGAUACUAAUGACCUUACUCCUGAAGCUAGUGACCUUGAUCCUGAGGCUAGGGACCUUGAUUUAGGUAAUAAGAUUGAUAAAUUUGAAUUGGAUGGGAACAAGGCUUUUAAUGAAGGUUACUCCGAAAAAGCAUUACAUGCGUAUUCUUCUACAAUAAAUUUGGCUCAAGGUUGCAAUAGACCUUUCGAUCCCUUGUUGCUUACUUAUCGUUCAAUGGUUUACAUAAAAUUGGAGCAAUGCGAAAAUGCUUUAAAAGAUGCGAAUGACUACAUAACGCGCCGUCCAUAUUGUUGGAGAGGUUAUGCUUUGAAAGCUGUUGCACUUGAUGGCUUGAAUAAGAAAGUCAGUGCCGACUUGAAUGAUAAAACCAGUGCCGAAAUAGCAGCUGCUUUGGCUCUUUAUCACAAUAGGGCUGUUUUCGCUGAUUUCCCUAUUUUCGUGGAAUCUUUUCCGGACUUGCAAAGCCGCAUUUUUAUAUGCGAUAGUGUGGAUGAACUGUUAGAUGCGAUGUUUUCGCAGGAAGUAGAAACGGGUUUGUUGAAGAUUUUGGUUUUGGGAUCAGAGGAAUAUAUCCUGAAUUAUGCCGAAACCGUUGGCAAACCUUGGAACAACUGUGUUCUAGUUGGCACGAGAAAAAAUUGUUCUGUUUCUUUGAAGUCAAACUAUAAGAUUUCCUUGUUGAAGUGCAUGCUCACAAAUUUGUCAUUCAGUUUUAAUAAAUGUGAGUUGCAUUGUUUACCUGAUUCGUUCGUCAAGAUCCUUAACUGUAACUUUACGUCUAAUAAUCAUUUUCUAACUAUAAACACUGAAGGGGUAUUCAAUGCAGAACAAUGCAGUUUUACAAGAAGUCCACUGGUAUGUAGUAAACAAAGUCGUGCAGUUGUUCAUGAUUGUUCGUUUUGUAACAAUGCGGAAGAAGGGUUACGUGUGGAUGGAGGAGGGACGUUGAAAAUAGAAAACAGUCGCAUAUAUAAUAAUGGCUGUAAUGGGUUGUACGUUAAUGAUUCAGAGUGUGUUGCAGGUAAUUGUGAUAUUCACGACAAUGGCAACGAUGGGAUAUUUAUCGGCCGGUCAAAAUAUGUAACGCUGAUACGUAAUAAUGUUUAUAACAAUAAUUUAAGUGGAAUAAAUAUCGAAACCUCUCUGGUGGAUGUCAAAGAGAGCAAGUUGUUUGAUAACGGCGCUUGGGGAAUUACGGGCAUUGAGAAUGAUCGGUGCAAUAUAUCGAUGAAUCAAAUUUUUCGCAACAAAAUUGGUGGAGUUAGAAUAAAUAUUGAAGGGAAAAGAUUUUCACGACCUGUCGUCGAACUAAACAAAAUUUAUCGUAAUGGUGGUCCAGGGCUUAUGGUGGGUGGUAAAGUUAGUAAGGUCGCAGAAUCGCGGUAUUUGAAUUAUCCCAAUUCCUUUCAAUCUGCUGAAUUUCAGAAUAACGAAAUGCACCAUAACAAAGAAAAUGAAAACGAUAGUAAGUUGAAUUUGUCCGUUCCAUAUUGCUCGUGUUGCCGUGUGAAGUGCAAACCGUCAAUGUGCGAAAAGUGCUUUACCACUGCGUAUUGCAGCGAAUCUUGCCAAAAACAACAUUAUUCGAAGCAUAAGCAAAUUUGCAAAGUUUUACGUGAGAAGUCAAGCUAUUUGAUCACUUCCACAGAACAGGCUGACUAUAACGAUAUAGACAUUGACGAUCCAGAAAAUUAUUUAGAUCGAAAAGAAGUUGGUCCAACGCUCGCUUUCCCACCACAAGAUGAUAUGAGGUUUGUUGUAAAAGUGCACAAUGCAUUUAUGCCUGACCCUAUCGUUCUGUACGACCGUAACCGUAAACUUAGCGCGGGAUUUAAUUCAAAAGUUAUUGAACAACUUCUAAAAGAGUUUGGUGUGCUAUGUAGAUCGCUAGAUUUUGAGAAAAAGCUUUUCUUUCACUGCCUUCGUGAAGACAACGACCAGCUUCGACUAUUCACGAAUGAGUUUGCUGAAUUUCAAAACUGGUGA